GUCAUCAUCACAACGACGCCCGCAGGACGCCAAAGGGACCUCGCUAUAUGCAAAAGGAGUGCGGCUACAGCGACCUCAGCGACCAGCAGCGCGUGCUCGUGGCCGACGGCUCGUGCGGUGCGGCGGCGACCUGCCUUCUCGACCGCAACUGCGCAAUCGCUCAGGUCUUGCCGGUCAACGCCACGCGCUUUGAUCUAGAGAGCCACUGGUUGCUGGGCGACCUCUCGCGAUACCCAUACGACACACUAGAACUCGCGCACGUGCAGAGCGCCACGAGUGUGCACACCUAUCUACAGUUCCCCGUCGAUUUGCGCGCCUUAGUGUUUGAGCAGGCGACGAUCGACGCCGAGUCAAACGCGCACAUGGGGCCGUCGAUCGGCGCGUUCGAGCAACUGCAGCUGCCGCGUGCCCUCGAGAGCAUGACACUGCGCAACUGUUCGGUGCAAGGCACGCUCCAGUUCUGGCGACUGGAGCACCUCCGACGACUGUACGCCGAAUACUGUACCGACAAGAUCCCUGUCUCAAUGCUACGUAGUGAGCUCCGGAACUCGCGCUUGGGCGACUUUUGGCUCAACGGCGUCGGUGAUUCUCUGCAGCAUCUCGUCCUCGACAAGUGCGUCACACGCUGGGACACCUUCCCUCUCUCGCUAUCUCUCAAAGGACUGCGCACCCUAGAGCUUGUUGGCGUGCGCACGCCAAUCUUGCGACUCGAAGUGUCGACCGAGCUGCGCUACUUUACCUGCGACGACUGCAACAUCUCAAGUCUCAUGGUCAGCAAUGCUACGUACGCAGCACUCGCAGCCCUAGCGCCAGCCUCGCCAAACGCAACGAGUGGCUACCGCGUCAACCGUAUUCAGCAAGACGUGGCGCAGUGCACGGCCGCGCGUGGCCAAAUCAAGCGUCUGUGGGAAGCCACGUCAGUCUGCAUCCCCGACCGCAACCGCCCGGAGACGGACGCCUACGACGACUAUCCCUGGAUGUACCCUUACACCACAUCUAUCUAUCUUGGAGGGAGCUUUGUCCUUGUGUGUAUCAUCCUCUUCUCUGUUUACGCCAUUCGGCGCGGGCGCCGUGCGGUCAAGACGCGCCGAACAGCCAACGACGACUACCUCGCAUCGACGCUCCGACCGAGUCAAAUUGCGACGCUCCAUAUGCUCCAGAUCGACGCCGACGCCAUCGUUCUCUGCGGCACCAAGCCACUCGCCUCGGGUGCGUACGGCGACGUCUGGCGCGGUAUCUACGCCCACACCACCGUCGCUCUCAAGCGCGUCAAGAGUCCAUCGCCCGCCUCUGUCCACGACUUUAUCCACGAGAUUCUGCUCCUCCACACACUCGAGAGCCCGUACAUUGUCCGACUGCUGGGUGUGCGCUGGCGCCGCCUCAUGGACAUUGAGGCCGUCGUCGAGUACUGCGACCUCGGCGACCUGCGCAGCUUCCUCGCCGCGUCCACGCUGGAAAAUGUGUCGUGGAGUACAAAGGCGACGAUCCUCGAGAGCAUCGUGUACGGUCUCGUGUUUCUGCAUACGUUUGAGCCGGUGAUCAUCCACCGCGAUCUCAAGUCGCGCAAUGUGCUUUUGGAUUCGAGAAACGGAACCAAACUCAGCGACUUUGGCACUUCACGAAUUCUCGACGACCAAAAGACGCUCACGAACGGCAUUGGCACGUUCCAGUGGAUGGCGCCCGAAGUCAUUCUCGGCACCGAGUAUACGGUGGCCGCCGACAUUUACUCGUUUGGUGUCAUUUUGUCUGAGAUGAGUACGCACAAGGUUCCCUACAGCGAUGCUUUGAACGCCUCGUCCGGCCGAGCACUGAGUCAGCAAGCCAUCUUGUCGAAAGUCACAUCCGGUGCACUGCGACCCACGUUCGCAGAGGCGGCUCCAAGCUGGUUGCUCGAGGUCGGGAAUCGGUGCUUGUCGCUGGACCCGACGCAGCGACCGACGACACUCGAGCUCACGGUGCUCGUCCGGGACUUUGUCCAAGCGGCUACCGAGUACUAGUGCGUUUUGUGCGACCCAGGAGCGUGCAUCCUGGAUGCAAUAGUCCAUGUAAAACAAUGUUAGUUCAUAGUGUAUACAGCAAUGAUCUGUUCGGAAAAUUUGAAAAUUGG